AUGGACACAGAGGAAUCUGCAGAGAUUUUUGGAGAGAUUAACCUCACUCUCAACAUGCUGAACAAGGAAGGUAAUAUUAGCAAGGAAGACAUUUAUGGUCAUCUCACUUCCCUUCUUCAGAAUACUGACAUCUUGGAUGACGCAAUUGUCCAAAGGUUGAUUUAUUACACUUCUAAUGACAUAAGAGAUGACAAUAUCCUCAGAGAAAUCAGAAUGCUAGCUGGGGGGGUGUUGGUGUCUCUCACUGAACAUGAUUUCAACUCUGUGAUGUAUGAAGUACAAAGUAACUUCAGGAUCCUGGAGCUACCAAAUGAAUUCGUUGUGCUUGCCCUGGCUGAACUGGCAAUGAGCUACAUGUCCCAGAGCAUUCCCUUCAUGAUGAUGAUCCUGCUUACCAUGCAAACCAUGCUCAGGUUGGCCAAGGAGGAAAGGAUGAAGGGAGCUUUCUGUAUCACCCUUGAGAAGUUCAGCAGAGCCAUUUACAAGUAUGUCAACCACUGGAGAGACUUCCCCUACCCCAGAUUGGAUGCCAAUCGCCUCUCUGACAAAAUCUUCAUGCUGUUCCGGUAUAUCAUGGACAAGUGGACAGCAAUGACCUCGCCCACACAAAUUUUGGCCAUCAUUAAGGCUCACAGCCCCACGGUGAGCCUGCUGCUCCAUCGGGAAGACCUCUGUUAAUUCGCCCUGGGCCAGGUCUCUUGUCUCCUGAAGCAGUAUAAAUACAAAGAGAUUGAUUUCCAUUCACUCAGUCUAAGACAGAUAUUGACCGCGGCAGUCCUUUAUGACAUUAGCCUUCCAAAGGCCUUGAGGAAGACCGUCUUUAUCAAUUUACUCCACCAGGUGUGCAGAGUUCUAGAUCCUCCAGUAAAGAAAAAUGAAAUCGAAGCUUCAGACUGUUUCCUCAUUCUAGCCCAUUCCAGCCCUGCAGAACUGAUAGAAUUUUUUGAUGAACAAAUGAGAAGUAAUAAUGAAGCCACUCGAAUGGGAAUCUUGACUUUGUUAAUAUCGGCUAUCAGUGCUGAAGAGCCCCAGUUGGGAGAUCACAUCACUUCAAUUGAAAAAACAGUCAAAGUCAUCAUGGGCGACCUUAGUAUUAAAGUGAGGAAUUCCACCCUCCUCCUCAUCCAAACCAUGUGUGGAAAAUGCUAUAUUGAAGCCCAGGAAGGCGGGCCACUGAUUGACUACAUCUUCUCCCAGUUUACAAUGUCCAACAAGAAUCUGGAGAAUCCAAUACAGCCUAACUCCCAGGAGACCAAAAAGGGAGAGAAAUGUAUCCAAGAAAAAAGCCUGGAGGUCUUAAAAACCCUGGAUCCACUGAUCAUUGGAAUGCCUCAGGUGCUAUGGCCAAGAAUCCUGACUUUUGUGGUACCUGCAGAAUAUAUGGGAACGCUGAAAUACCUGUUUAAUAUAAUCAGAAUUCUGUUUAUGGCAGAGGAGAGGGAGAAGAAGAAUGCCAAGGAGUCAACAGCACUUGUCAUCUCUACAGGAGCUGUGAAACUUCCUUCACCACAACAGCUACUGGCCAGACUUCUGGUAAUAUCUAUGCUUGCCAGUUUAGGGAAAUUACGUGGGGUCGGUUCAAUAGGACUUUUGAAGAUAUUGCCUGAGAUAAUUCACCCAAAUUUGGUAGAGCUAUGGAAAACACGCAUACCUGAGCUCCUGCAGCCUCUGGAAGGAAAGAACACUAGUAUCAUGCUGUGGGAGACCCUCCUACAACGGUUGCUCAAAGAGUUGUUAUGGAAGAUCAAUGACAUAGCCUGGACCAUUCAACUGAGUCAGGAUUUCAACCAGCAAAUGGACAGUUAUCACAAAUUUCUUUGGAAAGCCUUGGGAACCACCUUAGCAUCCUGCCAAGACACAGGCUUUGUAAGCUCACAGAUUAAGGAAUCUCUGGCUGCUCCCAACCACCUGGGGUAUCAACACCAGGGAAUAACAUCUAUCUUAGGAUACUGUGCUGAGAACCACUUUGAAAUUGUUUUAAAAGUUCUUAAAAUAUUCCAAGAUCGGGAAACGUUUUUCAUGAAUUGAUGCAAGGGUAUUUUCUCUGGGAAAAAGAGGCUGACCAAGACUGACGUCAUGGUAAUCUAUGGAGCCAUGGCCCUCCAUGCUCCCAAGAGGCAGCUCCUCACCAGGCUUUAUCAAGACAUUGUAUCCCAAGUCCUGUUUCUUUAUGGCCAGUGCUCUCAGGUUCUGGGCAUGGCUGUGAUGAACAAGGACAUGGAUCUGCAGAUGAGUUUUAUAAGAAGUAUCACGGAAAUUGGCAUUGCUGUCCAAGGUGCUGAGGAUGAGAAGUUCAAGUUUUCCUACAAGGAGGUGCUGCUGGGUUACAUGCUGGACUUCAUCAGGGAUGAGCCCCUGGAUUCCUUGGCUAGCCCUGUUCGGUGGAAAGCCUUAAUCGCCAUCAGAUACCUCAGUCAACUGACACCUCAGCUCUCACUGAAUGACCAUCUCAAUGUUCUUGAGGAGAACAUUCGGGAGCUGCUGUCCCUUCCACUGCUGGAAAAACUCAAAAAUGAGGGCAAGACAGACAAGGACAAGGAGCACAUUCAUUUUCUCUACGAACGAUCCAUGGAUGCUCUGGGGAAGCUGCUGAGGACCAUGAUGUGGGAUAACGUGAAAGCAGAGGACUGUCAAGAGAUGUUCAACCUUCUCCGGAUGUGGCUUGUUUCACAAAAAGAGUGGGAAAGGGAAAGAGCCUUCCAGAUCACCGCGAAAGUGCUGACAAAUGAUAUUGAGGCACCAGAGAACUUUAAAAUCGGCUCACUCCUCGGCCUCCUGGUUCCUCACUCCUGUGACACCCUGCCCUCCAUCCGCCAGGCGGCUGCUAGCUCGGCUAUUGGUCUGUUCUGCAUAAAAGGACCUCUCUGCCAGGACACUGGAAGACUACAGGACUUGCAGGAAGGGCUGUAAUGUGAUGAUGUGCAGGUCCAGAUCAAGAUUUCCUCCAAAAUAGCAAAGAUCGUCAGUAGACUCAUCCCAAGUAAAGAAAUGCUCAUGUUCCUGAGGGAAACGCUGGAUGGUCUGGAGAGCCUCAACCCCACGUGUACAAAGGCAUGUGGCAUCUGGAUGAUCGCUGCACUGAAAGAGCAGGGAGCUGCUUUAGAAGAUCAGCUGUUGGAGAUCUUGGGCAUAAUUUACCAUCACAUGCCGGUCCUCAGACAAAAGGGGGAAAGUUUUCAGUUUAUGCUGGAAGCCAUCUCCCAAAUAGCCAGCUUUCACAUGGAUGCAGUUGUUGCCAACCUUUUACAGAAACCUCUGCCCUUUGACAGGGACACAAAGACACUGUGGAAGGCUCUGGCUGAGAACCCAGGCUCCAGUGGCAAACUCUUGCGAGCCUUAAUAGACAAAUUGGAGAAUGAGUUAGAAGAUGACCUCGCGGGGACAGAGGCGAUCUCGGUGGCCUGUGCAAUUUAUGAAGUGGUGUCGAUAGGCACCCCUGUCGCAGGCCUGUACUCAAAGAUGUUCACCCUUUUCCUGAAGCUGGUCAGCUGCACACUGGGCCAGAAGAUGCCCAUGUCGACCCUAAACCGCCGCUGGCGGGUGAUGCAGCAUGGGGAGUGGCAGCAGAUCGCAGACCCCUGCAGGCUCUCGACUACAACUCUGAAGUGUGUGCAGGCCCAGGCCAUGAAAGAAGGGCUGGCCAAAGAAUCUGACGAGGGGGACAACAUGUGGACCCUCCUCAGCAGUCCCAGUAUGCACCACAUAGGAGUCUGUGCACUGGCCAGGAGCGUGGCAGCGUGGCAGCACAGAGUCAUUCCGGACAUCACGGAACAACUCUUCCCAUCCCUGACCUCCUCCUGGAACUACUGGAUAACGGGCACAGCUUUCCUCUCUGAGCUCAUGAAGGAGCCAAUCCUUUGGAAGCAUGGGAAUCUACAGGAUGUGCUGAUCUUGAUGGAUCAGAGUGCCUGGGACUCCAACGCCAUUCUGAGGCAAAUGGCCAUCCGAGGGCUCAGUAAUACUGCUUCUAGAGCCCCUCACAAGCUAAAGAAGCACAAGCAGAUAAUGUUAGAAUCUAUCAUCAGAGGCCUCUAUCACCUAGCCCGCACCGAGGUGGUCUGUGAAAGCUUGAAGGCUCUAAAAAAGAUCCUGGAGCUGCUCACAGACCGAGAUGUAAGCUUCUACUUCAAAGAAAUAGUGCUGCAAACAAGAACCUUCUUUGAAGACGAGCAGGAUGAUGUGAGGCUGACUGCCGUCCUCUUAUUUGCGAAUCUGGCAUCCCUAACAGGAAGAAGGUGGAAGAUUUUUUUUGCUGAAGAAAUAAAAAAGAGCAUGAUUUCAUUCCUUCUCCACCUCUGGGAUCCCAAUCCCAAGAUGAGAACUGCUUGCCGUGAUGUCCUGAUCACCUGCAUUCCUUUUCUGGGCCUCCAGGAACUCUAUGGGGUAUUAGAUCAUCUCCCUAAUGGUCAGGAUCUACCAAGGGCCAGGGAUUUCUACAGGCAAUUCUGUGCGAACCUGGCAAAGAAAACCCAAGAAAUCCUGUGGAUCCUCCACACACACUCAUUCACCUUCUUCAGCAGCAGCUGGGAGCUGAUCAGAAGUGCGGCCACCAAACUCACAGACACCGUUGUUCUCAAUUUGACCUACCAAUAUGUGGAGUUAAUAGACAGAGAACAGCUGACCACACGUGAGGCUCCAAGCACUCGACAAGACCCCUGCAUGAGUGUCCAGAGAGCAGCCGAAGCUGCCUUGCAGACCCUCCUAAGAAGGUGCAAAGAGAUGAGCAUCCAUCUAUAA